CUCUAUCAGCCUCUAAGUGUUUUUAAAAAAAAAAUCAAUGAUAGUGAGUACAACAAAAGUGAAGAAGCGAUUAUUUUAAUUCACUUCUGUAAAUAUUCUGUAAAAAUAGUCUGUGUGUUUGCGUAACAAAACUACAACUCCCACAGCCUAGUGUGAUGACGUAGUUAUAGCAACGGAAAAGGAAGAACCCAGCCGCUUCCGUGUUGUUGUGGUGUUGUUCUGGGUUUCUCUCGUCUCUCAUCAUGAAGCUCCUGAUCCACUGAAGCUUUUUCUCCCCUCCACGUCCCCAUCCUUACCGACAUGUCCCUGCUCCAGAGCAACAAGAAGAAGGACCGGCGGAUCCUCUCCGGCUCGUGCCCGGACCCCAGGUGCGGCGCGCGGCUCUUCUUCCCCUCGGGCUCCGCGAGCAUCGAAUGCACGGAAUGCGGCCAGCGGCACGAGCAGAAACACCUGCUGCGUGUGGAAGAGGUGACGGACCCGGACCUGGUGCUCCACAACCUGCUCAGAAACGCCCUGUUGGGGGUCACGGGGGCCCCGAAGAAAGGCUCCGAGCUGGUGAAGGUGAUGGGGCUCUCUAACUACCACUGUAAGCUACUUUCCCCGGUGUUGACCCGUUACGGCAUGGAUAAACAAACCGGAAGAGCCAAAUUGCUGCAGGAAAUGAACCAAGGCGAGAUGUUUGACUGCUCCCUGCUGGGCGACAGAGCGUUUCUCAUAGAACCAGAACAUGUGUCCACUAUGGGUUAUGGAAAAGACAGAUCUGGGAGUUUAGUUUACCUCCAUGACACUCUGGAGGAGGUGAAGAAGGCCAAUGGCAGCAUGGAGUGUUUGAUCCCGGUCCAUGUGGAUGGAGACGGGCACUGUCUGGUCCACGCCGUGUCCCGAGCGCUGGUGGGAAGAGAACUGUUCUGGCACGCUCUGAGGGAGAACCUGAAGCAGAACUUCAAGCAGAACCUGGACCGCUACAAGGCGCUUUUUCAGGAUUUCAUCGACGCCGCAGAGUGGGAAGAUAUCAUCAACGAGUGCGACCCGAUGUUCAUCCCGCCGGAAGGAGUGCCUCUCGGGCUGAGAAACAUCCACAUUUUCGGGUUAGCCAACGUUCUGCACCGACCCAUAAUCCUGCUGGACUCCCUGAGUGGGAUGAGGAGCUCCGGGGAUUAUUCUGCCACCUUUCUACCCGGGUUGAUGGCCGAGGAGAAGUGCAGGGGGAAAGACGAGAAGCUCAACAAACCCAUCUGUAUCGCCUGGAGCAGCUCCGGGAGAAACCAUUACAUCCCUCUGGUGGGGAUAAAAAACACGGUUCUGCCCCGACUGCCGGCUCGUUUGCUUCCCAAAGCGUGGGGCGUCCCUCAGGAUCUCAUCAGGAAAUACAUCGAACUGGAGCCGGACGGCAGCUGUGUGAUCGGAGGAGAUCGUAGUCUUCAAGAUAAAUACUUGAUGCGCCUGGUGAACGCCAUGGAGGAAGUGUUCAUGGAGAAACACAGCAUCCACCCGUCACUCGUGGCGGACGUUCACCAGUACGUGUACAGGCGCACGGGCGUGAUAGGCAUCCAACCUGAGGAGGUGACGGAGGCGGCGAAAAGGUCCGUGAUGGAGAACCGUUUGCAUCGAUGUUUGAUCUGCGGCGCCUUGUCCGAACUCCACGUCCCCCCGGAGUGGCUUCUUCCAGGCGGGAAACUUUACAAUCUCGCCAAAUCCACUCACGGUCAACUGCGUCCCGAUAAGAAUUACAGCUUCCCGCUCAACAACGUGGUUUGCUCCUACGACCCCCAGAAAGACGUGCUCAUCCCCGAUUAUAAAAUGAGUUCCUUGAAUACUUGUAAUUGGUGUCACGGUACGUCGGUGCGUCACAUCCACGGCGACGGGGCGGUGGUUUAUCUGGACGGGGAUCGAACCAACACUCGAUCCGACGGAGGGAAAUGCGGAUGCGGUUUCAAACACUUCUGGGAGUCCAAAGAGUACGAUAACCUCCCCGAGGCUUUCCCCAUCACGCUGGAGUGGGGCGGUCGUGUGGUCAGAGAGACGGUUUACUGGUUCCAGUACGAGGUCGAGGCGACGCUGAACAGCAACGUGUACGACGUUGCCAUGAAACUCGUCACCAAACACUUCCCGGGGGAGUUUGGCAGCGAGACAUUGGUGCAGAAGGUGGUCAACACCAUCCUGCAUCACACCGCCAAGAAGAACCCGGACGAGUACAACCCGGUGUCCAUCGACGGAGCUCACGACCAGCGCCUCACCGACGCUAUGGACCAACAGCCGCCAACGAAGAUCAUCCUGACCGGCCAGAAAUCGAAGACGCUGCACAAGGAGGAGCUGACGAUGAGCCGAGCGGAGCGCAGCCUCCAGCAGAGCAUCAGCGAUCAGGCCUUCGUCACGCAGAGGCGCCGGACAGACAAACUGAAGCAGGAGCAGAAGGGGAACCGUCGUUCUUCAUCACCUACUGGAUCUCCAGAAACAUCCUCCUCUUCUUCAGCGCCCGCCACACCCACCAAAACAUCCUCCUCCCCCUCCUCCAAUGUAA